GGCUGCGGUAACUAGUCACGAUCAGGUGGAAGAGCAAAGUCGGAACGGAGGAGUUUAUAGUCUAGUUCUAGAACUUACAACAGCCCCUUCUGUCCGCGGACAGACUACUGGACAUUAGUUAACGUACCAGACGAAGCUAUAGGUAUGGCGGCGGGAGAGGCACGAAAAGUCAUCAUCUACGGCGGGAAAGGAGCACUAGGAGCCACUUGUGUCCAAUACUUCAAGUCUAAAAACUGGUGGGUGGCUUGUAUUGACAUCAAUGCCAAUGAGGAGGCAAGUGCCAACAUCCUAGUCAAACCAACCGACUCCUUUACUGACCAGGCAGAACAGGUGACAGCGGAUGUGUUGUCGUUGCUAGGCGACCAGAAGGUGGAUGCCAUCCUGUGUGUGGCGGGAGGAUGGGCCGGAGGCAGCGCCAAGGCUAAAGCUCUCUAUAAGAACAGUGAUCUGAUGUGGAAGCAGAGUGUGUGGACGUCUACCAUUUCCAGUCACCUAGCAACCAGACACCUGAGAGAAGGGGGGCUGCUCACACUGUCUGGAGCUCAGGCUGCCCUGACCGGAACCCCAGGUAUGUUGGGUUAUGGUAUGGCGAAGGCAGCGGUCCACCAGCUGUGUCAGUCUCUAGCGGGAACCAACAGUGGCCUCCCUCCACAAGCUGCUGCUGUCACUAUACUACCCAUUACCUUGGAUACGCCUAUGAACAGGAAGUUCAUGCCUGACGCUGAUGUCACUUCCUGGACACCACUGGAAUAUGUGGCAGAAAUGUUCUACGGCUGGUCGACGGGAGAGAACCGACCGGCCUCCGGAACUCUGCUGCAGCUGGUGACAUCCCAGGGCCAGACACAGGCCACACCGAUGUAGAGGCGCACUCUUCCGCAAUCAUCUGCUCACUGUCCUCAAGAACUGAAAUUACCACAACACUACUUAAUGCUGGAUGCGUUCAAGCAGAUACAUUUUGUCUAGUCGGUCACCGCCUUUCAAAGUGCGUUGCAUUAUGGGGAUAAAAAUAGUUCGACAUGUGCCUACAUAUCGAUUGCAUGAACUCUACAAAUGUUUU